AAGUUGUGCUCACGGCCUUAACACAAAAGAAAUGGCGAGCGGUAUCGGCAAACACAAGAUACUGAAUGUGGGGCCAACAGAGCCAUGGUCAGUCAGAGAGAAACUGUGCCUGGCCUCCUCUGUUAUGAGGAGUGGAGACCAAAACUGGGUGUCUGUAAGCAGAGCCAUCAAGCCUUUCUCAGAGCCUGGCCGUCCACCUGACUGGUUCUCACAGAAGCACUGUGCCUCACAAUACUCCGAGCUGCUGGAAGCCACCGAAGCACCAAAGCGAAAGCGUGGUGAGAAGGGCGAGGUGGUGGAAACCAUUGAAGAUGUCAUCGUUCGUAGGCUAACCACAGAGAGGAUAGAGGAGCUGAAAAAACUACUGCGGGACACACAGGAGAAGUACAGGAAGUUGAAGAAGGAGGUGGAUAUAAUUCAGACGGGUCACAUGGACCCCCAGCUAAAGGAGCUGUUGGCAGACAUAACACUAAAAAAGAAGCAGGCUGAGGACGAAGCAGAACAGAAGAGGAAAGCCACAGAAACAGCUUACCAAGCUCGUCAGGCGUUGAAGAACACACCUAAGCGUCUGCCCAGUGUGACUGUGCGUUCUCCUCUGGGUGCCAGCCCCCCCACCAUAGACUGUCCGCUUGACUCUUCAAUCCCAAUGCCGUCCCUGGAUACAGGAAGUGUGGCCUCCGAUGACACCACCACCACCACCACCACCAACACCCUCUCAGUUGCCCAGGGGGUCGGGGUGUUUCUCCCCGCGGGGGAUGCGUCAGGCCCGGGGCCCAAAGACGGAGGAGGCCUGGUCGCCCUGUUGGACGAUUCCCCGCAGAAGAGGCUCCUCGCCCAGAAGUCCACGCCGCCGCCCUCGCCUCUCCUGUCAGAACUGCUGAAGAAAGGCAACCUCAUCUCAGCCAGCCCCCGCCUGGUUGGGGAGGGAGACUCUGCUGGGAGCCUCACCAAUGGAGUACAGACAGCCACAGUAGCCGUUGCCUUACCAUCUGCUCAUGAUGUCAUCACAGAGGGUGAAGCAGAAGCUGCAGUGAAGGUGGAGCUCGGGGAGGAGGCGGGGCUAGUGGAAGAAGACCUUGUUGCUGUGUCUUACAUGGGAGAUGAACUAGACCUGGAGACCGUCGGAGACAUCAUCGCCAUCAUAGAGGAGAAGGUGGAUGACUCUGUUGAAGCUUUGGAUGCAGCAGCAGUGGAAGCCGCUCUCUCGCUUUGUGAAGAGGCCGGGUCAGAGGGUCACACCCUCCCCGGCCCUUGGGAGACCCAGGCUGCAGACGCAGGGCCCUCUGUCCCAGACUCUGACCCCACUCAGGAGCCUCAGGGUGUGUCCGCGAUGUCGGCCCUGAUGCCUGCAGGCAUGGAGAUCCAGAAUCAAGCUGAGGUUAAAAGAGAACAGCAGCUAAAGGGAAACUGCGAGGGACCUGAGGCAACAGGAAGUGAUGUCACCUCUGACGACGGUGCGACGGGGAGUGAGGUCAUGGAGGAGGGUGCAGCGGGGAAGGAUGCCACUGAAGCAACGAUUAAAAUUGAAGGAGAGGAAUGGAGCCAGCCGGAGCCCAACCCCCCCUGCCUAGACUCUGAGGACAGCUCUGUGUCCGGGAGAGAGUCCAAGGAGGUGAAGGAAGAAGAGGCGGGGAGUGAUGGCGACCCAGACGAAGGGAUGGAGCUGAAGGAGGAGUGUGGGGAGGGGGAGGGUCCUUAUCUGUCCGAGGUGGAGCGGGCAGCCAGCGAGAGUGAGGACGGCUACGGCCCCCCCUCCCAGCGCUACACAGCGGACUCUCUGGCCAGCAGCCCGGCCUCUUCCUCACAGCUAUCUACAUGUGGGGAGGACCAGGAGGCGGUGCAGGCCCAGAAGAUCUGGAAGAAAGCCAUCAUGCUGGUGUGGAGAGCCGCAGCCAAUCACAGGUAUGCCAGUGUCUUCCUGCAGCCUGUGUCAGAUGACAUCGCCCCUGGCUACCACAGCAUUGUACACAGACCCAUGGACCUGUCGGCCAUCAAGAAGAACAUCGAGUCCGGCGUGAUCCGCACCACCGCCGAGUUCCAGCGUGACAUCAUGCUGAUGUUCCAGAACGCCGUCAUGUACAACUCGUCGGACCACGACGUGUUCCACAUGGCGCUGGAGAUGCAGCGGGACGUCCUGGAGCACGUGCAGCAGUUCCUGGCCACACAGCUCAUCAUGCAGACCUCGGAGAGCGCCAUCUCCGCCAAGAGCCUCCGCGGCAGGGAGGGCAACCGUAAGCCCGGAGAGCCGGCCGAGAAGGACAGUGUCCCAAUGGCCUCUCCUGCUUUCCUUCUCUCUCUCUUUGACGGAGGUACCAGAGGUCGCCGAAGUGCCAUGGAGGCCGACCUCAAAAUGAAGAAAUGAACGGAUUUUGGAGAAUAAGACACUUAGAAAGACUCGGAGAAGGUGGAGCUGAGUAUUCACCGUUUUUCUGGAGAGGACUGUGCAGGCUCUGUGUGCCUGGUGUGUAUAUUUACACACUUAAUUAUCUGUACUUUGAGUAUAUGUGAAUGGUAAGUGUGUCAGUGUGUGUUUGUGAGCUGCACAGAUCCCCAGUUCACUCCACUUUCCUCCAAGUAUCAUUUCACCAGCAACGGUAGUAGCUCAUCAUUUCCCUCCGCUGAGAUGGAACACUGAAGAACUUUGAGAAGGGAAAGAGAAACAUUUUCACCAGCAAAAGUCUGUUUGCGAUCAAAUGCCGACCAUUUGAUCAUGUUGAAUGGUGGAUGCAUUAAUACUAAAUCCGUUGAUCGACUGAUUAAUGAGAGUACCCUGUACCAAACUGUGUGACUGCGUGGGAUGAAAAAAAGACACAAGACAACAACCAGGAUGGAAACAUCACAAAUCAUUAUGUACAGAUCCACAGAUUCAAAAUACUACUACUAUUUCCAGUUCUGUUAAAUCGAUCACUUUAAAUGUAUCACACAUCUUUACAACUGGACUUGCUGCAUUUUCCAUUAAUGGAAUAAGAGUGUUUUUUUUUUAUUUAAGGGACAGUUUGGAUGUUAGGAAGUAGGGUUGUAAACAGUCACCUUCUGUAGGUGGUCAGCACGCCUCAUGAUCGGAGAAACAGAAAGGAGGAAGCUAAGUAAUGUACUGCAGUGUACAGGGGCAGCAGCAAAAAAUGUUUGAGACGCCGUGAAAAUUCUCAAUCAGCUCAAGUGUGCAACUAUAUUUAGAGUAUUUCACACCAUAACCUUUCUGUUGUGUGUGCUCUCUUUAAAGCCACCACACUCCAUUGACACAAACAGUCAUUUAACCUAGUAGAAAACAGAGGAGUUGCUGGUACACCGCUGCCUUGAUCCGUUUGUUAUUCUCUGACUUUGAGGAGUCGUAACUAACCCUUCAAAGAACCUGGACAGAGAAGCUUACACCUCUUCACUUAAAUAAAUCCAAACCAUCCCUUUAAAGAAAUCUGAUGAUGUUUGGCUCUGUUUGCCAUCGCAGCCAAUACAUUUAGAGAUGGUGGUUUUUCUUGUUUUCGCCCAUUAACUUCCAUUGCAUAUACUCUACAUUUAUCCUUUUUCCAAACAACACGUUUUAAUUUGACCCUAACACGGACCUGAGUUUCCAUUUAUUUCAAGAGAUGAUGUAAUGUAACUUCAUAAAUCAACCUCAUAACAAGUAUUACCCACACAUCUAAAAAAAAAAGGACAAAAAGAAGUCCAGAAUACAAGCUAGCUAUUAGUAAAAGUGGUAAAAUUGAUGUAAUAGAUUGAUAUUUGACUCCAGACUUUGAAAUCUCUGAUGUCGGAGUGUUUUGAAACAGUUCCUACUAGGACCUGCCAUGCAAUGAUAACAAAAUAACUCAGAGCAGGUAAACAAAUUGUUCACAGCUCUUUGUUUAUGCUGUAGUGAAAUGGAUGGAAACCUAUUAAAGGAUCAGAAUAACAAAAUCUAUUCUUUGUAAAAUAGUUUGCUGUAAUGUGAACAAGGUGUUUCCUUAAGUGUUAAUGGGCUGAAACGUAGGAUGUGGAGCUGCUGCUGAAAUAGUAUUGAUGCAUCCCUGCUCGUCCCUGAGCGUGUAGCCGGACUUUGCUACCGAGAGCAGGAGAAACCUGUUUGUGUAAUGUGUGUUAGAUGGGAGUACAAAAACAUGUUUUGUACCUGUGAGAUGGAUCAUGUAGAGUGUUGUGUUUGGGUAGCUGAUACGCGUAUAAUGUGUUCUGUUGUACAUUUGUUAAAUAAAAAGAUUAUUUGAUC